CUUUGCUAGGUAGAGACUAGAGAGGGAGAUAGGCUAGGAGACGGCGCUGCCUCUCGCGCAUGGCGGCCAUGGAGUACACGAACAGUUUCUUGCCUCUGGCGCCGCUGCUGGCAGGGUGGUGCGCCCUGGCGGCCGCGGCCGCGGCGCUGCUCCUCGCCGCCGCCAUUUCCGCGUGGCUGCAGCGGCCGCGCCGCGUCGCGGAGGCCUUCCGCCGGCAGGGCAUCGACGGCCCGCCGCCGUCGUCGUUCCUGUCGGGGAACCUCUCGGAGAUGCAGGCGAGGGCGGCCGCCGCGGCGGUGGCGGAGGCGCCGGCGGCCGGCGGCCGGGACUUCGAGAAGGAAGGCUUCGACGAUUACUGCAAGAGGAUCUUCCCCUACUUCGAGAAGUGGAGGAAAGCAUACGGCGAGACGUACCUGUACUGGCUGCGGCGGCGGCCGGCGCUGUACGUGUCGGACCCGGAGCUGAUCCGCGAGAUCGGCCGCUGCGUGUCGCUGGACAUGGGCAAGCCCACCUACCUGCAGAAGGGCCAGGAGCCCCUCUUCGGCCGCGGCGUCCUCAAGGCCAACGGCGCCGAGUGGCACCGCCAGCGCCGGGUCAUCGCCCCCGAGUUCUACAUGGCCAAGGUCAAGGGCAUGGUGGAGCUGAUGGUGGACGCGGCGCAGCCGCUGCUGCGGUCGUGGGAGGCCAAGGCCGCCGCCGCGCAGGCCGGCGUCGCGGAGGUCGACGUCGACGACGACAUCCGGAGCUUCUCCUUCGACGUCAUCUCCAGGGCCUGCUUCGGCGGGGACUACUCCCGGGGGCGGGAGAUCUUCCGCCGCCUCCGGGCGCUGUCGGGCCUCAUGUCCGAGACCAGCGUCAUCUUCACCAUCCCCUCGCUCCGCCACCUGCCCACGGAGAAGAACCGGAGGAUCUGGAGGCUCACGCACGAGAUCCGGUCCCUCAUCCUCCAGCUCGCCAGCGAGCGCCGCCGGGCGGGGGCGGCCCCGGCGCCCGACUUCCUGGGCUCCAUCAUCGACAGCAGCCGGGGCCAGCCGUGCGCCGACGACUUCGUGGUGGACAACUGCAAGAACAUCUACUUCGCGGGGCACGAGACGAGCGCGGUCACCGCGACGUGGUGCCUCAUGCUCCUCGCCGCGCACCCGGAGUGGCAGGACCGCGCGCGCGCCGAGGUGCUCGAGGCCUGCGGCGCCGGCGCCCCGAACUUCGACGCCAUCGCCGGGAUGCGGACGCUGCACGCGGUGGUGCUGGAGACGCUGCGCCUGUUCCCGCCGUCCUCGUUCGUGGUGCGGGAGGCGUUCCGCGACAUGCAGCUGGGCAGGCUGCGCGCCCCCAGGGGCACCUACCUCUUCGUGCCCGUCUCCACCAUGCACCACGACGCGUCCCUCUGGGGCCCCGCCGCGCGCCGCUUCGACCCCGGCCGGUUCCGCGACGGCGUGGCGGCGGCGUGCAAGCACCCGCAGGCGUUCAUGCCGUUCGGGCUCGGCGCGCGCACCUGCCUCGGCCAGAACCUCGCGCUCGUCGAGGUCAAGGCGCUCGUGGCGCUCGUCCUCGCGCGCUUCGCGGUUGCCCUGUCGCCGGACUACAGGCACGCCCCAGCGUUCCGGUUCAUCAUCGAGCCGGAGUUCGGGCUGCGCCUCCUCGUCCGCCGCCUCGCUCACGACGACGGCCGCCACUGAUGAAAUGAUGAUGCGCGCAGGUGCUUGGAGUUGCGUUGUGUAAAGGCGUACACUAGCUGACACGUGAAAAAGAGGACAAGGAUUUACCACGACACGGAUGAACACACGAGCAAUAACUGGAUUGUAUGUACAUGAAGUAUAUGCAGUAGUAAUAUACUGAAGAACUCGUCUGAUUUAUUUUCAGUGUACAUAUCUUCUUGUUUCAGCUGCUCAA